UGAAAACCAGGGGUUUCAAACAGAAAAUCAAUUUGUUCCUAUCUUUUAACCAACCACACCUGCUUCAUCGUCACCAUCUACAUCUGUUAGUACAGUGAGUACACCCCCCUGUACUCCCAUAAGAACAAACACACCAUCUAAUGUGCAAUCACCCUCCCUGGAAAGAAUGCAACCAGAUGUAGAAUUGCCUGGACCAACUGAAAUUCCGCAAACACCUUCACCUGGUUUUGCUAUCAAAGAAAAAAGGGCUGCAAAUAUUAACUGGAUAAAGGAUUACAAGCUUCCAGAAUCGGUAUAUUGUGUGAAUAUAUUAAAGUCUGGUUCACACUAGCAAUUCUGUUGGCAAUUUUUCUCCUCUUAGCAAAUGUGAUCUAAUGAAUGACAUGCAAAAGGCUUAGAAUUGUUUACUUUUGAAAAGUGACUCCAUACUGUGUGCGAGUUCACUCAUUUGCAUCUGUCAGAAACACAAUUAAAAUCGCCGAUAAAAUUGCUAGUGUGAACCCGGAUUUAAUAGUGCAUAAUAUUUGUAGCAGUUUUAACAUUUUUUUAUGCAAUGUACAGUAUGAAUGUUUAAAAUUAAUUUACAGGAAAAUUUAAAAAUUGAGGCAGGUUAUAAAAACAACUUAAAUUGUCUUUGCUUCUAUAUAUAUAGUUUUCUCCAAGAGUCCAUAAAGACCUUAUGGAUGGAAAAUUAAGUGGGAACCAUCGUGACGAGUUUACAAGGGAUGUUGUUUCAUCAAUAAAGGUGCAUACAAUGUAUCCCACAGCAGAAGAAAAGCAAAAGGUUGCAUCACUGAUCAUUCAAAAGUACCCAUUCCUUGCAGACUCUAUUGGAGCUGGCACUGUAAGUAUUAUCUUGAGUGUUAGUAAUCCUUGCCCACUAAUGCAUUUUUCAAGUAAAAUAUUCAAAUAUCUGCAAAAUCAUUGGUAAGGGAAUAGGUGUAACAAUUAUAGAUAAAACUCGCUUUGUGACCUUUCAAAUACCUUCGCUCAAAAUGUUGAAUUUCUCCUUGUAUUUAUCAGGUAGUUGUAUCCCUAUCAAUCCGAAGCGUUCAUAAGACAAACACUGUCUUACCUCGCUAAUUGUAAUAUAUUUUAUUGUGGAAUCCGAAUGUGUGCAUUAAAAAUGCAUAUUUUACAAUUUAUAAUCUAUUGAAAUUGUCCUGAAACCAUAUAAACAUUGUGAAAUAUACUACAAUUAACAAGGUAAGACGGUGUUUGUCUUGUUUUACUAGGUAAACUUGACUCCUCUGCUCCCUGUGAAUUUUUAGUUGUUUUCAAUCGAUUUCAUUGUAAAAAGUAUCAAAUAAUUUUUUUUACGAGAAAUCCUAAAUACUUUGCUUAUAUCUUGCAACAAUUGCAGAGCAUGCAUGCAACUCAUGUUGGAAAUGCAACAUGAAUCAAUUCAAUUUCUCCAGAGCUAGGCCCACACUUAACCUGCGAACAGGCGAGCUUGGAGUGGAUAUCCUUUUAUUACUGACACAUGUCUCACUGUUUGUACAAAUCUUAUCUUCUACCUUGUAAGGCUUUUAGUUGUAACUAAGAAUCUAAACAGAUGACAAGUAAAAUUGUUUGGUUUUGUGAGAAUACUAAAUGUAGGGUACAUUUUGACACAAUUACGCUACCUAUUGAAUGGUUAUCCCAUAAUCUUGCAAAUUGAGCCUGAAUGCACCUUCUUUAGGCAUUUUACUUUACCAGACGUACUGUAAAUUGUCAGCUAUCUCUGAAAGACUUAGAGUUAUUGGAAGUAUUUGACCCUCUCCACCCACUGCCCCUCAUUAGAGAGUGUGGCUUAACUUUUUUUUAUUCAAACGAGGCUCAUAUCUAAAAGGGAAAAUGUCUGAGAGAUGUCUAAUAUGUUGUAUUUUGAUGUACAGGGGUCAUGGUGCAAAGCAAUUACGAAUCGUUUCAAAAAUUUACGGCGAAAGAAGGCAUGUGGGGAAACCCCUGCUUGCAAGCAAAUAAAACCAAUUGGCACACCGAAAUCAGAACCAAGCACAAAGAAGAGGAAGCUGGUUGAUUUUCCCCAUUUACCUGAGGGGGAAACACAGGAGACAUGCACAGAACACAAGAAAGUCCUUGUGAAGGAGAUGGCAAAGUCAAGACGAAACCUCCCACUGAUUAGAGAACUGAUGGAACUGACAUAUUCUCAUCAUCGCCACAACUUUUUAAAGCAGCCGAAGACAGUUGUGGCAAUUCUGGAGGAGUACCCUGCUCUUCAUUUGAUUUCUGAGGUAUACUGAUUAGUUUCCAAUAGACCUUAUGCAUAUUGACGUCACAAGGCUUGAUGCCCGCGAGCAAUGCGGUCUUAGUAGUCAUCGCCUGGGAAAAUUGCGAUAGUGGCCAUUUUGAAUUGUUUAAUUUUCCCAAGCGAUGACUACUAAGACCAGCAUUCCUUGUGGGCAUCAAGCCACGUGACAUCACUAUGCAUAAGGUCUAUUGUUUUCUAAUUGUCCCUACAUGGUUUAGUAAACAUGUGCAUUCUUAAUUUUAGGUUAAGGUUGAGUUUGGUCGUAUUUUGGGGGAAGCAAAGCUAAUACGUGAAAUGGUCAACAAUUUUAAAUCACUGGAGGAAAGUAUAAUACAAUACGCCUCCAGGUGCACCAAGCGAAGUAUCAAAACAUUGGAAAACAUGAUGAAGGGUGCAUUGGAAGAAGAUCCACACAAAGAAUCUGGUAUGUCAUUAAACUAACAUUUCAAUAUUUAAGAUUAUAUUAAAGGAGAUCGACGACAUGAAUUUCCCCAGACAUUUCUCUUCGGAAUUAAAUAAAUUGGAAAUGUCACAUUGAAAAACAGGAGGAAAGGUCAUGCAGUGUCACCUUUUUUCCCCACUGUGAAGCUGGGGGGGGGGGGGAUUGAAAUCCUAAUGUGAUCAGAAAUUUUGCAUUUAAAUAAUUCUAGGUUCUAUGAGACAACAUUUCUGCAUUCUUGAAAUUGCGUUUCAAGACAUACUUACACAUACAUAGUCAGUUUCAGCUUCGAGCAUGUAAUUUGUACCCCCUCCCCCCAAUUUCUCUACAGAUUUAGCCUUUUUGAGAAAAUGGUUUUCAGUGUUGCGAUUGGGGGGCGGUCGCCCCUCGCCUAUAUACGCCACUGUCUCUUUGCCACCACCAUAUUACUUUCAUUACAUCGUGACUACUGCAAAAAUGCGUUAUGUGCCUGUGGAUUGUGGAAAUAUCAUAAUUAUACAUAUACUUUAUCAUCUCGGACUUGGACUCGAAAUAUUUAGGACUCGAAAUAUUUAGGACUCGGACUUGAAAAGUUUGGACUUGAAAUUUUGCUAGGGACUUGGACUUGUACUCGGACUUGAAUGUAUAGGACACGGACUUGGACUCGUAAGUUGUAGACUCGACUACAACACACUGAACUGCACCUCUAUAAUAUGCCUUUAGUUACCAUUUACCAGUUUAAUAUUAAUAAUUGAUAUUCAAAAGAUUCCUUCCCCCAUUUUUAGGGAGGGGUGGGGGAAUGCUCCCCCAGAAUUUAGCUAUUUCCAAAGUGGGUGGGGUAUUCUCCCCACAAAAUACCUCUGGCAUGGUCUCCAAACUUUACCCCUUGGGGUCUUAUCCCCUAGGCCCAUUUGCUCCUUAAGGUUCUCAUGCACUUGUACAUAUUUGCUUGCAAAUUGACUCGUUCAUUAAUUUGCAUUGUUUUUCUCACGCUAGACAUAAGGAGUACAGUGGUUGCCUUGAUGAUUCAGGAUAUAUUGAAGGAGAAGGCAGGAGAAUUAUUGUUCCUAAAAGUCUGUUGUGUAAGUUUUGGUUAAAAUUAGAAUAUGUUGAAAUAACUUAUUCCUAUUAAGCUAAAGGCUGCAGGAUUCCAGUCAUCGCACGAAGCUCCUCUUUGCGAGCACUUGCUUCAAAUUAAAUUGACCGUCGAGCAUUGCAAUUGGAUAAAAGUUAUUCUCUGCGAUCAGCUUCGUGCUAGUGGAAUUUCGCCUUAUAAUAUAUAUGUGCAUGCAUGGGUUCUAACCAGGAAUUUUACUUUGUUCUCCAUUUGUAAAAGAGUUACUGUAUCUACUAGGCUUUAUGUGAAGGCCUGGAUCCAUAACUCUCCCCCGCAGAGGUUUUUUGGUCGACAAUUAGGCUAAUAAUUAAUUAGCCUUUCUCACGGCCGAUUUUACCGCUAUUUUGUAGAGUAAAAUGUUUUUUACUAUUAUAGUUGUUGGUGUAAUGGUAAAUUUACACUCACAACUUUUAAAAGUCAUUUUAUUCGCUGUAUAUUCUAUUCAGAAAAAGGUGAUACCUAAAUCGCUUGAUAUUUGUUUUUAGGAUGACGAAUCAAUUGACGAGGAAACGGAGAAGUCCACCUAUCCGAGGCUGAUUGGGUCUGGAGAUCUGGCAAAUGUCGAAACACUGUUCAUCGCGGCAGAGGGACAAAGGUUCCUUGAUUUCUCAAACCUAGGAAGUGAUCGCAUUCCAACGGCGGUAGUUCUUCUGGUUGGCACAUUUUAUAUCUUAAAUAUGGAGUACACACCAGGUAUAUCAAAUGUGUACGCCUUUUUGGAAGCGACUUUACUAAGUCGGCCUCAAGAGGCAAGAAAGAGAAUAUCCGUGCAAAAACUCCUUAAAGAAUUGGACAUUACGUGCAAGUAAUAAAAUUAAGAACAGUGUAGCAUGAUUAAUUUCAUACUAAUCUAACAUCGCAGCAAACAACGAAAAAUUUAUUGUCUUUUUUAACGUGAUUCAACCUCGGCCUCGCAGAGAAAAAUUAUGUCGUUGUUCCCUACCGUGUCAGAUUAAUAUGAAUCUCGAUAAGCAUAACAUAUUUUUAUUCCACUUCUAUGUAUAUAUAUAAUAUAAAUCGUAA